CUGCUUGCUUGCCCGAACCCUAGCCAAGCCUAGGAAGGCAAGCAGUUCUAAUGUUGAAAUUCUCCUGCUCUGUGGACUACAUGACACCCAUGUUCCCCCCCCCCCCUUCGUCCCUCCUGGCUCACAAACGUAGGGGCAGACAUCUUGCAAACGAAGCAGCCGGCGGACAGCUCACUCGCAGACCUACCUACUUGCCAGCUAACGUUAGAAGCUCCGAGAGCAAGGGAAAAUAAUCGUUGUGUGUUGAAGAAAAAUGAAGUUAAAACCGAAAGGAAAUCAGUAAUGAAAAUGAGCUGUUUUAAAAUGGAUUCUUCAUCAGAAGCACGUGGUCUGUGACGUGUCCUUGACACUGAAUUCAGCUGUUCAUAGGCGGGAGGCAAAAUCGUAAAUCAAAAUUGUGAACAGUAUAAUGUGACGUGUUAAGUGUCUCCUGUUUCUUUGUGUUAUUGAUGUGUGUGAAUUUUUAGUUGUGUUUUUGAGGUCGUAAAAACUGUUUGUGACGUAAACAGGGCCAUCAAGUGUGUAUAGGUUGAAAUAUAAUAUCAGUGUUUACUGUUUUGUGUGUGAAUGAAGUGGCCAUUAUCUUACAGCGCCUUUGUGUUCAAUACAGGAAAAGGAAUUUGAGAUGAUCGUUCUGCAGACGGGAAGAUAACUCAAGAAGCCAAUAUGGUAACGACACGGAAGCAGACAAGAGCGGUGGUUCGCGACAUGCACAGGCCCUAACCGUGGGGGCCGCCCGCAGCAGCGAUGGAUAAGGAGAAUGGUGACGCGGCGGAUCGCGGGGAGAAGAGUGGUUCAGCGGCGGGCGCCCCGGCGGAUGCCGCCAGCCUCUUGGACGCCGCCAGCCUCUUCGGUCACACUCUGUUUGGUGGUAUUCCUGGAGGAUUUGGAAACCAUCUGGGCAGUCACCAUUUGCCUGGAGCAGCAGCGUUCGCAAUGAUGGGAGGACGAAGCAGUUCUGGUAGUGGGUAUGGCCCUCCUCAUCACCCCCCCACUACAGCACCAGGGUCAUAUGGAAGCCUUGGCACUCUGAGUGUUGCGGCAAGUCAGGCAGCAAGUUUAGGAAUAAAUCCUGCAAGUGCAGCCUGGUGGACCAUGGCUUCACAUCUAGCAGCUCAAGACUACCUAGCACGACUUCAAGCGUCAGCUGCUGCCAGUGGGAUUCCAUUUUCUGGAUUGUCUGGUGCUGAGGGAUUGGUUCCUGGGUACCCCCUUUUGUCCACACCUCAUGGCCAACCCCAUGUAUCAACUAGUAAAUCCAGUAGCAAAUCAAUGUCUGGCUCAAAGUCUACCGCAGCAUCGUCAUUGUCAUCGCUGUCAUCUAUAACAGCGAGUCUCCCCACUACAAGUUCCAGUAGUCAUAGCUCUCAUCACAGAGACCGAGAGAGAGAGCGUGAGCGUGAACGAGAAAGGGAGAGGGAGCGUGAAAGGGAAAGAGAGCGGGAACGGGAGCAUGAGAGAGAACGUGAAAUUCUGCCCAUUGUUUCAAGUGCCAGUGCUCCAAGCGUUAUCAGUGCUUCCAGUAGGGAAGGAAGCGAUCCUGCAAGUAUUCUUGGUGGGGUCCGGCUUCCUCCUGACACUGAAAUAAUCAAAUAUACAUCGUCCAUUGUUGGGCCUAAGAUCCCAGGGACAACUAACAGAGGCCGCAAGAAAACGAUAUCUCUGGACCCUCCAUCUGUGAGUGUGAUGGCUGCCCAUUCAUCCACUGGCUUGCUCAUUGAAAGAGGCGGCAGGAGAUAUCCUCGUAGUCGACUUCAGGAUCCUCCAGAUUAUCGUGACAGUCCAGUCGCUGGGUCGCAGGAGCAUGACAGGGACAGAGUGGAGUUAAUCAAGUUACCAGCACACAGCAGUAAUGGCACUAUUGCACUUAACAUCCCUUCUUUUGCCAGCUCAACACCUGAAACUGAGGUCCCUCUUAACCUCUCGCUGAAACCUCAGCAAUCUUCGUCCAUGAGCAGUACUGGGAGCAAUAGUGCUCAGAAGUCAUCUCUCUCCUCACUGUCGUCCCUCUCGGCUUCUCUUGGCUCUCCAGGAAUGACACCGGCAGUCACUGAAAGGACAUCUCGACGGAAACCGGGUCCAAAGCCAAGACGGGUAAUCCAAAGCCCAUCCCCAGCAAUUCCAGCAUCUCCAAGCCCAUCAUUAGCUCAGUUGUUUGCUGCUGCAGAUUCUCCACGACCGUCUAGUGGCAGUGAAGAAAAUGAUUCCCAGUCAAAGGAUAGUCGACCACGUAAUCUUGGUCGAGGCACGUCGAAACCUAAGAAGAAUACAGUAGCUUCCUUGUUGGCACAGAGUCGAGCGCUUGGCAUCAAACCUUCUGCUGGGCUGGAAGUUUCACCUCUCAACCACCAGGUGUCUCUGCUGAAGUCGAACAUCCUCGGAACUCAGCACUCUCCACCCCAGUCACAACAGCUGCCUGCAACCAACAGAGUGACUGUUUUGCCAGUAGAACGAGAACCAGGGGAUGGUGAAGAAGGCCCAGCGGGUGCUAGUGAGGACACAGAGAAAGACAGGCCUGUCUCUCCAAAUGCUCCUUCAGAUGACAGCAAAGGGGAUACUAAUAAACAUAAGAAACAUCUGGUGAGCUCUCGAUGUGAUGGUGACAAUAAGCUGAAGAUUCGAGCUGUGGAGGGCCUCAGUGAGGACAGCAGUGCCCCUGACAUAAGCACUGACUCAGGCUCUGGAUCUGAAGAAGGUUUCCCCAGUGACAGUGAGGAUGGAGGGGAGGUGUCUGAAGGGGGCAUGAAGAGGGAGGGGGAAGAUGACACAGGUCCAACUGCAAAGCGUCGAAAAUUGGAAGUUGAUGAACGUGAAUUGCGGAUUCCGCUGGAGCAUGGCUGGCGCAGGGAAACAGUAAUCAAUGGAGUUAGCUGUACUGGUGUUGUGAAAGGAGAAGUGACAUACUACUCCCCAUGUGGACGACGUUUCAAGCAGUACCCAGAUGUCAUCAGGUUCUUGGAGAAGAAUAACAUUGUAGACAUGAACCGGGAGAACUUCAGCUUUAGUUCCAAAGUGCUGCUUGGUGACUUCCUGCAACCAACGGUGGGUGAGGAGUGUGUCAGAUUAUCUGAAGAGCAAGUUAUGAAACGUCUGGAGGAGCUGAAACUGUCAAGAAGUUUGAAAUCGCAGUCAGGCUCACACAGGCCUGAAGGAGGCAAGGCGACUCAGGAGCAGAAGUUGCAACAGCAGCUGGAACGAGAAAAGGCUGCACAUGCUGCCAAAGAAGCCAAAAGGGUGGCAAAGGAAGAAGCAGCCAGACAGAAAGAACAUGUUAGGUUUCUGAAGGAACAAGAGCGGUCUGAACGCCAGGAAGCAAUCAGACGGGAACGGGAGCAGCGUAACCAGCAGAUGAUGGAGGGUCGGAAGAGGCUUGCAUUCACACUUGAACAAAAAAUGCACAUCAUUCGUGAAAUAGAGAGUGGGAAAAGCAAAUCGGACGUUAGCCGUGAGUUAGGGCUAGCGAGUUCCACCGUCGCAACUAUUUGGAAAAAUCGCGACGGCGUUCUCACAGCCUACGAAAACAACGUUCCCGUGAUGACGAAGAGUAAGAAUGAGAGUCGUGAAGCAACACCAACCUCCUCCCCAAAUAAAGAUGACAUGCUGCUAAUGCAGAUGCAAGAAACGGCCAGGCGCAGGCGCCAGGAGGAACUGGAGAAACAGCGACAGGAGGAGCAUUUGCGAAAACAGCAGGAACGAGAAUUGAAACGCCAACAAGCUGUACUUAUCAAGGAACAACUUUACAUGCAAGAACUCAAUAAGCAAAGGGAGAUGCUCUACACUGUGGAACUGGAGCGUGAGCGAAGAAGGCAACACAUGGUACUUGUGAAAGCACUAGAGGCACGCAAACGCCUGGAGGAACGUGAACGUAAACGGCAGGAGGUGAGAGCUGAGAAGAUGGCUAGCAAAGAGCGCAAGUUGGAGCAGCGUCGCAUUGAGCUCGAACUGGUCAGGGAGCUGCGAAAACCAGUAGAGGACAUGGAGAUUUCGGAUCAUAAAGCACUGCCAACACUAAAUAGAAUCCCUGGACUAAAACUCUGUGGUCAGGCAUUUGCUGACACACUCAUGGUCUUCGAGUUCCUGCACAACUUUGGGGAGACACUUGGAUUUGAUAUGGAGAGCUUGCCGAGUCUCAAUGGCUUGCAGAUGGCACUCCUUAAUGACGAGGUAGCAGAGGAGGAGCUUCUGUCGGUGAUGACACACCUCCUGGUGUGUGCCAUCGAAGACCCUGGUAUCCCAAACCCAGCCCGGCAUACCACAAUACUUGGGCAGUCUCUCAAGCAGGCGGACAUUACUCACAGCAACCUCUCUGAGAUUCUCCGUGUCUACCUCUAUGCCAAUGCAACUGGUGAAGUUAAGGCAUUGACAGGCAUUCAUUUUGAACGAGAUCGGGAGAAGAAAUCUGACCAUCACAAUGUUUAUGGUGAGGUGCAACCUCCAUGUGGGAAGAAUGCAGCAUUUUUUGAGCAAUUGCAUGAGAAUCCAACAUGGCGGAUGUCAGAGUGGCUACAUGAGCGUCCAUUCCUUGCCCUCAACCCUACCCACAAAGCUGCUAUACUUGCAUUUCUCUGUAAUGAACUUCUGCAGAACAAAGCUGUUAUACGACAAAUUGAUAAUUCCAUAGAAACUGUCGGACAGCUUCGCAAAGAUCGCUGGGUUUUGGACACCAAGAUUAGAAAGUUGCGGAUGCUUCAUGGCCGGAAGAUACGACAGGUGGCGCAGGUGCUGCCGAACAAACUGGAGAAUAGCGGAUGUGAGGAAUCGAGCGAUAUAGGCGGAGUGGAAGGGAAGGUUAAGUUGGGAGAAGAUGCGGACGAUGAGAACGAUGAAGACGCUGAAGAUGCGGAGAGUGGUAACGAAAGUGAAGGCACUCAGCCUGAGGAGGAUGAAGACAAAAAUUUAACAGCUGAAGAACUGAACCGUAAAGUGGAACGCCUGAUGAGACAAAGUGACAACUCGCUCCAGGCUCUCAGCACAUCAGCUCAGCAACUGCGAGCCAUUUGCUUUGGUCAGGAUCGAUUCUGGCGACGCUACUGGACAUUGCCUUGUGCAGGAGGAGUGUUCGUUGAAGCCAUGGAAUCAGCAGAACCGGAGAUCUACACUGACUGUGAGGAGAACAACGGACAGGUGACACUGAAGCAGACGUUUUCAGAAGGGACCACACAAGAGAAAGGGCUGAAAGAAGAUAAGGAAAUAAAUAAUAAAGAUGAUCCACUUAAAGAAUCCGCAGACGAACAGCAGAAUAUGAUGUGUGAGGAACGGCUAAAGCGCAGUUUGGAGUUGUGUGCCAUGGAAACAGAGGAUGAAGAACUGAAGGUGGACGCUGAGGAACUGGCUGCUGCUCAGAAGGAGGAUAUGAAAAUUGCGGGUGACAGUGAGGAAUGUGCCGAAAUAAAGAACGAACAUAGAAAAAAACGAGCAAGAGAGAAAGAUGAAUGUGUCGAUAUGGGAGUGGGAACAGAUGAAUCGUCUUCCUGGGAAAGAAGUGAGGAAAGUAGAAGGGAAGGAGGGGUAGAGGAGAAAAUGGAAGUGGAGUCGGAUAAGGUAGAAGGUGACGAUGAACAGGUUGUGAGUGAGACAAAUGGGAAGAAGGAAAUAUGGAAGAGUGUUGAAGGAGAGGAGAAAGGUGCACUGGAGGUUGAACGCACAUGCAAUGCAAAGAGGCAGACUGAAGAAAUUUGUGAUGUGGAUACAAGCAGGGAAGAAGAAAAGACUGAUGAAAAGGAAUUAGUGAUGGAAAUUGGGGAGUGUGUUAAUAGUACCAAGAGAACAUCAAUGACAGAUGGAAGUGCCGUAAAGUCUGAAGAGAGCAUUAUUACUAAAAUUAGUGAUGGCAAGAUAGAGAUAGAAGGUGAUGUGAUCUGUGUUCCGAGUGGUUUAACUGUGACCAAAGCUGAAGUGAAAGAUUCUGGUGGAUCUUUAUGUAGUAGGGAUGAUAGUUUGAGUGCUGUGAAGGUAGAAAUUAAAAGCGAUUUAUUUAGUGCUGAACUUAAUGCAGUUAAAAAAGAAGAUAAAGGUAUUGGUACAAUGUGUGUCGACAGUAAGGAAAAAGCUUUGACAUUUGGUAACAAAACUCAGUUGGAAGAUAGUGAAGAUAAAAUUCCAGCAACUUUUCUAGUCCAUAGACCGAUCCAGUUUGAAAGGUUAGGUGAGUGUAUGGAAAAGGCGAAUGCAGAAAUUGGGUCUGUUAUAGUUCCAAACAGCGAUAAAUUCAGUGCUCUCAAUCACUUGUACAACUUGAACUCUUCCACUGUGUUCAAUAAUGGUAAAGAGUUAAAUGGCAGUUUCCUGCUCGGUGGUACAGCUGGAAUGGUGUCCGGUGAGAGAAAUUGGUUUAGCGUCCUACCGAGAGAUGCAUGUGACUCUACAUCAGUAACAAAUGGGACCUGCCCUACAAGGUGUAUGGAAGGUGGAACAGAGUUGCGCAUUCCAGUGUUCCCUCCACCAUCGAGACUGUCCUCGCCAUCACCAGGAGGCAGCCAGUGCGAGUCUCCAGCACCACUUGUUCUUACAGCGGAGGAAAUGGUUCAGCUGGAACAACUAAAAAAAAUGGGGCCCAUGGAGCCUGUGGAGGCAAAGCCUGUCCCUUGUGAGUUACGGAGAGGAUGGUGGAGGAUAACAGAUGAAGAUCAGCUUAGGACAAUAUUAGAGAACCUUCAUUCACGUGGAGUUCGGGAACGUGAACUUAAAAGGAUCCUGUCGAAGUACAUUGAACACACAGUGGAGUGUUCUGGCAAGUUGGGUGUACAGCUGUGUGUUGCAAGUGGGAACAAGUCAGCGACAGACCUCGCUAUCACAGAUAUGGAUCACAAGAUCUCUGCUCUGCCUGGCGGGGCCCCUCUAAAGGACACAUACUCUGAUUGGUUGCCUGAUGUUGCACUUCGUGUUGACGUGAUGCUGCUGGAGCAAGUGGAGGCACUUGAAGACAAGGUGGCGAAUGCGAGCAUGCAGGUCAAGGGUUGGAAAGUGCCAGGAAGGGCAACGACAGAAGAAGGUGUGAGUUUCCGCCCAUCUUGCAUGCCAGCGGAGGGAGAAUAUGAGAAGAAAAAGAAUCCUGUUGAACUGGCUAAGGAUAGACUGAUGUCCUUAGAAGCAGCAAUAGAAAGAAGAUACUUAAAGCCUCCGCUUGGUGUGAGUACUGGUGACGUCAACUUGUCUGGUAUGUCUGGAGAGGUGACUACCACAGAGGAUAAUGUGCCGAAAGGUCUGGUUGUGUGGCGAGAAGCUGUGGGGCGAGCCCACACGUCUGCUCAGCUUGCCAUGGCCCUCUACAUGCUCGAAGCAUCCAUUGCGUGGGACAAGAGCAUCAUGAAAGCCGUGAGUUCGGUUUCGUCAGCAUCCGGCAAAGGUUCUAGUAACUGCCAAUUUUGCCACAGUGGAGACAAUGAAGACAAACUGCUGCUCUGUGAUGGCUGUGACAAGGGGUACCACACUUAUUGCUUUAAACCGAAGAUGGAGAACAUUCCAGAUGGAGACUGGUAUUGCUAUGAGUGCAUGAAUAAGGCUACUGGGGAGAGAAACUGCAUCGUAUGUGGGAUGAAGGUUGGCAAGAACCUGGUAAUGUGCGAUCUGUGUCCUCGAGCAUACCACACAGAUUGUCUCCAGCCACCUCUUGUUAAGGUGCCGAGGGGGAAAUGGUACUGCCCAACAUGUCAGGCGAAGCAGCCCAAAAAGAGAGGUAGUGGGCGACGAUCAACACCACAUCCCAAACCAAAGGAUGCUGAAAGCAGUGACCAGCCGCCCCCUCCUGCAACAUACAAGUCGAGGGAGGAAUUCUGUGCAGACGUGCGUCUGAUAUUCAAUAACUGUGAAACAUUUAAUGAAGAUGAUUCUCCAGUGGGAAAGGCUGGUCAUAGCAUGCGAUCAUUCUUUGAGACUCGGUGGGGAGAACUUAAUGGUAGUCACCCCAAAGCCAUCAUAAGUCCACCAUCAUAAAGUAAUAGGAGUACAGCUACUAAUUUGAGACACGUGACCUCAGUUUAUAUUUGGUGAGUGUUAGCAUGGGUUUUAGUGUUGUGUUCCUCUAUAUCCGGUAUCAAGAAAGCCUUACAAUACACAUCGACUGUUGGUGGUGACAAAUGGAGUAGUGAAGGUGUCGAUACAAUUACUCACUAAUUUGACUGCCACGAUCAGUUUGGAGGGAGCAGCUUCGUUUUAAAUGAUCUCGUGUUGUAAUAUUUCGUAAAUUGCUGCAUUCAUUUGUGCAUUUGAGAAUGAUGCAACGUCAGUUUAAAGAAGAUUUGUUUGUAAUUGAAGACUUCUGUUUGAAGAAAUAAUUUGCUUUUUCAAAAAUGUGGUAAACAGUUAUCACUUUUUGACUACAAAAUAAAUUAAUUUUAUGUUCAUGACAGCAAAGUUUCAGAAAAAUUAAGUGUGCUAAUUUGUGUGUUUUCAGAAUUAGGUGCAAGUAUGAAUGAUGUGAAGAGUGUAGUAGACGCCACUGCUAUUAGUGUAAUUGAAUUAUUUAAUUAUUUUAAUUCUUUUUAUGAGGAGAUAUAAAAGUAUUUCCUUUAUGUAUGUCUUAGAUGUUGAAGCUCUCUAACCUUAAAAACAAAUUGUUUGGAUUAACUUUCCACAGUGCUUCAUUCCAACUGAAAUUUUUCCACCCCCUUAGUAUUUGUGUUUUCAUUACUAAAAGAACACAUCACCAUGGCCAUGUAACAAAUGACAUUUGUCAUAAAUUAAUUGACUUUCAUCAUUGUUCAGUAUGAUUCCAUCAUGUAACAGCUGAAGAAGAUUGUGAGACAAUGUAAACUUCCUGUUCUCUUCUGAAACUGUGAAUGUAAAACAUAACAAUGAAGACCACUAUAAAUGUCCUCCAUUGUUGAAAUAGGUCUUCUCCAGGUACAUUAUGGCUUUUUAGCGAAUAUAUAUAAUGUAUAUUUUUUCUUCAUGGAAAAAAUUGAAUUAUUUCAUAAUAAAAUAUUGGAUGUAAAAUUUUUAAAAUGUCAUUUAGGAGGAAUUGCAAAGAUCGUACACACAUCUGCUCAGUUGACAAAAGCAGGGAUUUGUAUUUGUGUAUUAAACAUGAGAGGAACAUUUUUUUAAAGGCAGAUAAUAAAAUCUCAUAGCAACAGUCUCACUGCUCAUGCAUAAUAUUAAUUUUCUAAAAGUGUGCCACUACUGCCAUAAGUCUUAAAAUGUGUUGUUGUUGUUGUUGUUUUUUUUUUUUUUUGUGGCUCUAAAAUCUACCAUAGGUCAAUGUAUGCAGACAACAGACAAAUUAAACUUUUUUCUUUUUCUUAUGUUAUUUUAUGAUGCUAGACUGUAUAGUAUCAAAUGGUAAGACUGUUUAUGAAUUUGAAUGAUUUGGAAAGAUUUUGGCUUAAUCAAGGUGCUACCCCAGCAUUUGCUUGGAGGGGCUGAAAAAAACCACAGAAAACCUCAGUCAGGAUAGCUGGUGUCCUGGUUGAAAUUCAAACCAAGCACCUUGUGAUUACAAGUCAAGAAUAUUACAACUACACCAGUCCAUUUAGUUCAGUGAUGUUGCUGAACUACAAAUGAAGAUGAAGCCAGGAGGUAAUGUAUUAUGAAAUUCAUGAAACAGCUUUGUUCACUGUUAAGAACCAAAUGAAUUGAAGUGA